UCCGAAGUAUUGUGAAAACUAAUCGAGAUGUUCAUCGAAAGCUUCCUGCUACUAUUGGCGCUCAACUUCCUGUCCGCAGGACGAGUAAACCGACCCGAAGAACGCAUCAUCGGUGGGCACCCUAUAGAAAUCGAAGUUGUUCCCUGGAUGGUGUCCAUCCAAGUAAACGGACUACAUGUUAAUGGAUUGAUCCUAAAAGGACAUCAUUUUUGUGGAGGGUCCAUUUACAAUGCAGAUACCAUCAUAACAGCAGCCCAUUGCUUUUUUUAUAAUGGGACAAGAAUAGAUGACGGAUAUUUUGAAAUUCGCGCUGGAUCUGUCUCCAAAAAAUCCAAUGGAACUCUUGUCAAAGUGGCCGCUGUAAAAGUCCAUGAAUAUUAUGUUCACAAAGAGUCUCCAGUUUUCGAUGUUCGAAACGACAUCGCCGUCGUUCGGUUAAGUGAACGUCUUGAGUUUACCAACAAAGUGCAGCCCAUUCCUUUGGCCGAGUCUAAUCCUGAACCUGGAACGAUGUCCUUUGCCACUGGCUGGGGAUGUAUCUUCGAGUCGGAGGAUCUGGGCAUAAGCCCCAUAAAUCUUCUAGGAGUAAUGCUACGCAUCCAAACUCCUAACUCUUGUUCAAUAUCCCAUGGCCAAUCAACAAUUUGCGCUGGAUAUUCUAAGCAAACCGCUUGUGAAGGCGACUCUGGAGGACCAUUGGUAAUUAAUCGGCAACUUGUGGGUGUUACCUCCGCAGGUGGGGUAUUUUGCGAUAGGCCAGCUACAUUCUCAAGUGUGCCCUUCUACCGAGAAUGGAUUUUGAAUGCUGUUAAAUCUUUUCCCCAACAUGUUUAGCAAUGUUCCCAACACAAUAAAAUAAAUAUUCACCGCAGCAUAUGUUAAAAGCAACAGAAA